AUGGCGGUGGUUCAGUUCAAUCUUUUCUUUGCCUGUCUUGCCACUCUCUGUCUGCUUGUUCAUUCGACUCAUACCGCCGAUGUUCGCUAUUGCAAUAAGAAAGCUAGCUAUGAUGUUAAGGUCAGUGGGGUUGAGAUAUCUCCUUAUCCUGUGGCAAGGGGCAAAAACACCACCUUCAGCAUUGCUGCAUCUACAGAUAAAGUUCUCUCCGGAGGAAAGAUGGUGAUUGAUGUUUCUUACUUUUUCUUACACGUAUAUCAAGAGAUUGAUGACCUUUGUUCUAAGACUCCUUGCCCUGUUUCCGCUGGUGAUUUUGUGAUUUCUCACUCCCAAGUUUUACCUGGAAUCACUCCACCGCAAUUAGAUUGCUGCAGAGGGGAACACUUUCAACAAUUGUGCAUCGGCUCCCUAGAAAAUGGUGUCAACCUUCUUUAGAUCUACAAAAGAAUUUUUUGAAAGUACUUGUUCAAUUUGUGAAUCAGCAUUUCCGUACAUCGAAAUUCCCUAUUUCUCUAUUUCUGUUCUUGCACAUGAG